AUGGUUUACUUGUGUUUCUUUUGUAUCAUUUUGUCUUCGUUUCUUGUCUUAAUAGGUGAGCCGUAGAUUUAAAGAAUGUAUUGACUGUGUUUAAAUAUUGAUUUCUGUGCGGUUAAAAUAUAAAUUGACAAAUUGCUAGUUAUGACAAGACACACUCGAAUUAUUGGUAGUGACCGCCAGGAAACGACUCCUAAUCUUCUGAUAUGAUGGUUUGAAAAUUACAAUACAGAACAAAUUGUAAAAUUGAUGCAAAAUUAGGGGUGAACGUAGCAACUGCUUUCGAAAAUUCAACAGUGAAAAGACGCAGAGAUGGAAAAUAAUGAUUGAGGUUUUAACCAGCGACUCGAACCCUUAUGUCAAAAUUGAGAGUAUUUCAGUUCUUCUUUUGAUGAGGGUUAUAUCCGCAGCGAUGAAUUCAGAUGCCGCGGAGAUGCUAUAAAACUAUAACAGGUAGCUUUGUUUUCAACGAUUCGUACGUAUAUCAAGUAUAACCACAGUAAUUAAACUAUCGGCUUUGGUUAGUGGGCAGUACAUAAAUAGGCAGCAACAAAUCUUGUAGCAGUAAACAAGAGAUAUUUUUCACUUCUACUCCUUUUAUAUACAUGUUAGGGUUAAGAUACUGUAUGUGAAUUAAACUUUCAUGGGGCGACCCUCUCUUAUUGAGUGAACAGUAAUAAAGCUUAAGAAAGGGAGCUUAUUCUUAAAUCGUCAAACGGAGGCGGUGGAGAAGUUUGAGACGUGGGGAGACUCUCCGUUGCGUAUCAAGCGAAGCACAUACAAGUAUUCAGUUAUCUAAAUAGUCGUGAGGUGAGCAAGCUAAGUCGUGUGGUUUCUAAACCGAGUAGGUUGGAGAGAAAGAUAUGACAAUGAUAUAUAUGAUAGAUAUGUCCCCCAUCUACCGACUUAAAACACAAGAAACUUUGUAGCGGUGGAUCAUUAUGUUACAAAAAGAAAUGGUGGUUUUAGAUAGGUUUAAAUGAAUAUUUUCAUUAUUUGAUGUUGUACUGAUUUAUUAUUUCUUUUCAGACUGCCAUGCACUACCGAGAGGUAAGUCAAAAAUUGACCGCAAAGAAAACGAAAAAUACGAAGCAAUGUUCUCAGUUUGUAAACCUAAUUGUUAAUCAUUGCUAUAAAAGUACAUGUUCCACGUUAUGGCUUUCAAUUCUUUGGAAAGAAGUGACAUCACAUGCACGCUGGAACCCCCCCGCCUCCUCAGUCAGACCCUUGAACCGAUUAAGGCCGAGUAGUUGUCGCCUCUAAAGUGAUAUUCUUUUUCCUAUCGUAGAUUGUCACGACAGAUUUCAAAACUGUGAAACGUGGAAGAGGUCUGGUUUUUGCAGCUUCAGGUCACAUGCAUUCUACUUGAGGAAUGGUUGUGCAAAGACCUGUGGCUUCUGUAAAAGUAAGCUGUGUCCACUAACUGAAAUAAAAAGUAUUGUGCGCGUGUCUUCACAAAGGCUUUUAUAUGCUCUGAAGAUUAAUUUAUUGUUUCUUUAAUAAUUGUGGGUCAUGGCCCCUCGAAUAGCGUUACUUAAGUCGGCUGGUCACACUCACAGGGUAGUUUAGCGUUAAAAGAGGUAAAAGUUAGAUGUUUCGAGCGUCAGCCCUUCGUCAGAGUGAUUGGAGGAAUUGUGGGUUGUGUGUGAGUUGAAAUACAGAAAAUGGAGCUACGCUAUCGGUGAAUACGAUGACGAGAAAACAAGAAUACGAUUUCUUAGCGUAGCUCCUUGGUAAGUUUCUUCAGGCUUGGCAUGGUCCGCGUUGUGAGAUCUGUGGAUUGAAAAAAUUCUAAGGCAAGAAGUCAAAGGGAUUACCUGUUAUACUCUCCCACUGACGCAGAACCACAGUUUCUUUAGAAACUUACCCCCUUUACGGCAUUGGUCACUCGGCACACUCACGCUUGAUUUGACCUUGCUUAUCAUGUAAUCAUGAAAGAGGCAAGAAGUCCUGCUGGAAGCGAACACAUUUUAUUUGUCUCAUAUUAUUCUUGUUAAAUGUUUAAGGAUGCCUAAUUCGUUUUUGUUUCCUAGGUAACACUCUACUGAAUCCAAAUUUGCAUGCUGUUCAAGAUGCUCUUCGUGUCGUAUACAAAGGCUCACAAAAACGACAUAACGGAGCUGUUGUAACAGUCCCUAAAGUGAAUCCAGGUAAUUCGGUGGGAGUCCUUCAUCAUCAUAAACUUCCUACCACGCCACAGCUCCCCCAGUAUCACAACACUCUUAAUGAGCCACAACAAGAAAAGCCCGGUAAGUGAAAGGAAGGAAUCUUUUGGGGAAAAUCUUGUGGGUUGGUUGGGAUAAGAUGACGCUGAUUUGUCGGAGUUGUGAAAUAUCUUACCAAAUGUUCACAGCCUAUUGUAAAUCCUAUUGGUUAGAAUUUUAAAUCGACCUGCUCGUGUCAUCGGUUGCACUUUUUACUUCUAGUGUAGUUAGCGUACCGCUUGAGUUUGUUUUGAAUUGAAGUCUUCGCAGCUUUUCAUCGCUAAAGAACUGACUUAACGGAAACCAUCGACGCUAACAUUUCUUGGCUAUUACAGACUUUCGAUUACUUAAGCUAUCUCAGUUAAACAAUCAUAUUUUUGAGGGACGUUUCAGCUUUUAUUCAGAAAUCAAAGAAUUUUUUCGCGCCAAGUUCCUUCUGUUGAUGCGUAUUUUGUUAGCAAGAAAGAGGAAAUCAAUCAGCGAUGCUGUAGUUGAGAGAAUUUUGGUGCCAGAAAAUUAGUUUAAAAACUUUUCAGUCUGAUGAGAAAAGGGAGGCAAGUCUGGAUCCCGGGCCCUCCCUGAAGAUUCUCUCCUGGAUCAGUGAGAGAACGCUGACAAAAUAACUACUGUCACUCCGCUUUCCCAUUUGUAAUGAUUCAUUAGUUUUUAUUUUCAUUGCCUGCUCUUCAAAGAAUGCAGGGACAGAUUUGUGCCUCAGACGUGUCAGAAAUGGAAGGAUGCUGAUAUUUGCAUGGACGAUCGCUACAGGCAAUACUUGACUUACGGCUGUUCUAUGACAUGUCGCUUCUGCAGUAAGUGCCUCAAUCAUAUCAAAACAUUAAGUAGCAGAAACAGCAGUAUUUUGUUAGUUUGUCAAGGCCAAGAGUGAAAAAUUAUGCAGAAUUCCCAUGCACAAAUCUAAAAGGAUACUCAUAUUUACAUCUUCUGCGUUGAAUCAUCUGAAUCGGACAAAGAAACUGAAUCCACAUAAAGCUUUUAUUCCAAAGGUAAUUAAUCACUCAAAAUUUGUUUAAGUCAUACUCAAGCCAUCAGGUCUCCUUAGAAGAACGCAUCCAACCAGAGGUAAAAUUUUGAGACAUAAGAUCGAUUUAUUUUAUUGAGAUCCUUGGAAGAUCUGUGAAAACUGGAGUAGUUUCAGUAAAUGGACGCAGUUCGACGUUUCAUUACUGUUUCAAUCAUAAUUAGUCUUCUUCAAAGGUAUUACAUGAUAGAGUAGGGUAUACAUGAUAAACGACGAUUAGUAACAAGUCCUUCAUUCCGUCAUUAAACCAUACUGUGGAUGAUUUUGAUUGUGAUCGAGACCAAGAGACGACUGAUGAUGCACCAAAGAGACAUUUAUGUUGAUAUAACUGCUACAAGGACCAAAUAUAUAUUCUGUAAGGUGAACGAGUUAUUUUCAACCGAAGAUAUUCGGGAUUUUGACCAGAGAGUCUACAAGUGCCCAGGAAGACGUGACACUUUUCGUUACUUUAUAGAGAUUCUGUCUUUAUUGGUGGAAAGGUUAAAGUGAGGCUGACGUUCAUAAAGAUCAUUAAAUGCCUCAUUUUCAGCCAUCGCACUAACUGAUUAGUACCGAAUUAGUAAAUGCAUCAGUGCUAUUUAGUUACAAUGUUCUGAACCGUGGCAUGAAAUACCUUUUCUGUCAGAUUGCCGUGAUACUUACAGGGAAAAUCCAUAUUGCAACGAAUGGAAAACCAGAGGAUUCUGCGAAACCUACAAAGAACAGUUGGAAACAUAUUGUCCCAAGACAUGUGGCUUUUGUAUCAGUAAGUAAAAAUUUGCAUCAGGUUGAAUGCGGGAGUUGUCACAAAUAUUUCUUUUUUGCCUUGUAAAAUUAUAAAUACGGCGGAAUUUUUUAAAGGAAAAAUCAGUCAAAAUUUUGAAGACGAGCAAAACUUUGGUAAACAAUUAUCAGUUCCUGGUUCCUGAUAUGUUAGUUUGAAGUGAUAAAGACCUUUGUUUUUAUUCAACUUGUCAAAUAGGUGAAACCUCUGACAGCUUUCAUAUUUAUAUUCUUUAACGACUUAAAUAGACAACAAACUGUUUCAUUUCUCAUGAAGACGCAGAAUACGUGGAGACUUCAACAACGCCUUCCCAGAAUGUAACUACACCUUCCCAGAAUUCCACAACCAAUCCAAACAGUACAGCAGCUAGUAAGGCUAGUGACGCAGUACAGCCGACAAAAAAAUUCUCCAGUACUCAGCCAACUCAAUUUGCUGAGACAGGAAACAUAAAUUCCAAGAGAGAUUUGCCUAUGGUCCCGGAGAGGAACUCGCCAUUGUGGUCAGUGAACGCAGACACACGGAUCUCCCUACCGCAGCCUCAACAGUAUGACGACAUGGAAGGAGGUGAGCGCAUUAACGGAGAACCAAUAUCAAAUACCGAAUCCACGUUAUGAUGGCUGGAAUAGGGUAGAAUGAGACCCAGCCUCUCUCACUUUUCCUUUAUGACAAAAGCUUCAGUUUAAGAAAAUUCUGUCUUUUACCAUUCUUCAAGAGACAAGUCAUUGCUUAGCGCCCGGGGGGAGAAGAAUUUUGGGGGGAUCAUUUGGUUUUCAGGGGCAACGGAGUGGGGAUCAGUCGUCGCCAACAGAGUAUAAAGUAAGGGGAGGGGGGGGGGCAUAGAAUAUUGACUGCCAGUUUACUACAAAUCAGAGUGGGAGUCACAAAGAACCUUAUUGGGGGAUCAGGUUAAUUUUAUCAGGACACGACAAAAAUCCUCCAGAGUAAAACCCUUCCCCCAGAUACAGCGUUUGGAAAAGGAGAGCUAUACUUCAACGACAAUCAAUUCAGCACCCGACACAGGUAUCAAUGACAGGAGUGUUGUUAUACUGAUGUCAUGUUGUUUAUAAGGUACGGGAUUAUUAAAAACCCAUUCCUUGUUUUAGCAUUUCUACUGGGUUGUCCUUAACCUUACUCUUGGUUACAGUGUAAUAGCUUUUUGUCUUAAAACAAAACUUCAUCGACCUGGAAAUGUAAAGAAGAUAACACGCACUAUGUUGAUCAUGAAAACAACUUUUAAAAGCUGUUAAAAAACCAGAGGGGAAAAAAAAAUUACAUGUUACACAAUCAUCGGGUGGGUACACACUUCUAGACCCCAGGUUAAUACAGAGUUUGAAAUUGUAGCCUAUUUUUCAGUGUCAUCUUGCCGUUUAAAUUAACGAGGCUUACUUGACGAUCAGAUCGAACAAAAUCACGGGAGAUUACAUCUGCACUAUCUAGUACAAUCGUAUACUGACUAGAACCUUUCAUUUAAGGUGCUGUAAAGCGUCCUCUUGAGGACGGUACGUACUUCACUCCUGCUAAGACCAGUGACAAGUUUGAAUACUACACCGAGCACUAUUCCCCAGACCCCUAUGUGGCGGCUGCGCAGAGAGAGGAAUGGAUGAGCUCCAACGGUGUUUCCCCAUCACCAUCUCUUAGCCGGAAAUCAAAGAAACCGGAAGUAAAAGAAGAAAAGGAAGUCUUUAAGGUUCUGAAGAAAUCUAACAUAAAGGAUAAGAAGCGUGUGACACACAACAACCCGAAACAUUGAUGGAAACUAUGUUCCCUUUGAUUUACUAACUCUGUAGAAUCUUAAGAGCUAGGUAUUUAACACUGUGAUGAGUUGUUAGUGAAAUAACAUACGAUGAUACGCUCUUGUGGAGGAAAGAUAGCUCUUUUGGAAGAAACUCGAUUUCUGCCAACACUUUGUAGUUACUGAUCAACUGUAUGGCUGCUGUGCAAGCAAAUAUGGUGUAAUCUAUUGAUUGGAUGAAAGAUGCGUUGAUCAAAAUUCUUGUUUAUAAACUGAAGACCUUGCAAUAAAUGGGUACCUUCCAAAAUUUAUGUGACCGUCGGCCUGUCGCUGUGACAUAAGUCUUAUGAAGAUACUUUUGUCCACGUUCAAGUUUGAAAAAUGUCAUCUCAUCAAAAAUUACUCAGAAUUAAAAAAAAUGAUAAACCGAUCAAAAGUUUUGGCUCACUGCUGUACCGUCUAGCUGUUCCCCCCCCCCCCGACAUACUCGCUCCCGUUGAUCAGCGGUCAGCCAAACUGAAGUGGUGUAAACUGAGUAACUGGGCAUCUUUGGUUUUGUAUUGAUGGUUCGACUUAAUUUUCAGACUCCAUCGGAUUGGCCAGCAGUUACCGGUGGAAAAAAGCUUGUGUCUUUAAGUUGAAUGUGCUACCUGUAAAACAACCAGUGAAUAUUAUUCUAGUCUACUUGUGAGGGUUGUAUCAAAUGAGGACGCUUGACAAAGCUGUUAAGAAAAUGUUGCAUAACUGUUUCAUACAAUACUUGAAAAUCUCUUUAAAGGUUUUUGUGUGGUUUACAAAUUGCGAUGGACCUUACUCAAAAAUUGUGACGAUUUAUUUUUUGUCAUUUUACAUAGGUUCUGUGUCACGACCACGUCUAAAAACUCAAAAAGAAUUUCACCCUUGAAACAAAGGAAAGCACACUAAUUUUAAUUUACAAAUUGAGGGGAAAAAUGUUGUUUCCAUUUUUUUAAGGUUAAAAUGCACUGAAGUGGGUUUCGCUGACACAACACAAUCUGACCUGUCACUUACAAAUGAUUGAAUAAGUGGCCUUUAAAGCUUGUCAAAAAAAACCCUGAGAUGUUGAGUUUUGUUGUCAGUUAAGCGGUUGAUAUUAAAAAAUCACAUAAAAAAUUAACCACUUUGCUUCCUCAUAGAGACCUUACUUAAAAUUCGAAGGAAUCAAUUUGUUUAUUUGACCAGUGCAGGUAAAAGACGUGUUUUUGUGAUUUAUAUUUAUUUGUUUUUAUCAAAGAUAUCACACAGGCUUACGAUACUAAACGUAACCACACUCAAAAGCGCCUCUUGAAAGCUCUUAAGGGUAAGUGGACCUUUUCAUUAUCGCAACCAGGGACAAGAAGUGUUAAACCAGGUUGGAAGAUUAGCAACAGGUAUUCAAGAGGCAGAGAGUAAACAUCAAAUGGCUAUUACCUGACUGGGAAAUCUUAACAGUCCUCGCGAUAGAAUUUGUGCCAUAAAAGUUUGAUUUUCGAGCUUGAGUGAGAAAAAUAAUGAACAAACUCAGCUAUAGAGUUGUCCAGGAUAUUAACAGAUGGACUGCUUUGAAGUAUUUACCCACUGCUUACUCAACGGGAUCAAAAUCAAUCAAACAGACUGCAGUUAUUCAUUGCGACUAACCCGGAAUUUUGUCAAAUAACAUGCGACGACAUUUUUAUUGACGACUAGAAAAAGUUCAAUACCAGUUGAGAGUGUAUUUGAGUCAUCCGGGAUCGCUUCAUUAUGGAUAGCUCGGGUUUUUUACCGGUUGCGAAGUAAUGCGUAAGCGUAAAGGAUAGAAACUUAACAUGGAGAAUUCAUAAGCUUGCCGAAACUGAUCGGAAAUGAAGUUUUCUUCACUGACUCGUUCAUUCAGUCAUCAAGAAACCACAUAUUCAAUGUAGCUUUUAAAGAAAGGACUGCUUAGCUAAAUCUAAGCUUGUUGUUUUUGUUUUUGUUGUUUUUUUAAAACACUUGUUAAUCUCGUGCCGUUGCCCUCAUUGUCACUAUAUGUAAAAAAAAAUCACGUAAAAUGAAAACUCAAUCACGUUUGGCUUUUUGAUUGACACUAAGUGAAAAACUGUUUGAGCUAAAUCUACAACAGUUUUCUUCAGGAGGUCACUGACAUCUAUGUUCCCAAGAUGAUAAUAGCUGCCUUGUUGUUCACGUGCUGCGCCUUUCUAUCACGAACAGGUGAGUUAUACAGGCGACAAUGAGUUAGCGUAAUUGUUUUAUUUUUGUUUUCGCUUUUCUUAUUUGCUUUGCAUCUUUCUCAAUAAGUUACUUAGUUCUUUCUUACAUUAUGUCUCUCAGACGGCAAGAUAUCACUGACAAAAAGCAAGCUCUUCCGUCGUUCAUAUAUCGGGGAAACCAAAGGUAAUAAAGCCCAAAAGUUAGUCUACACCGGCAACAUAAUAUUCAUUUCAUCAAAGUCAGUCGAUUGCACUAAUUUUUAUCGCGUGAUUUAGGCACUGCAGGUAACCAUGAAUUAUUUUUCACUAGGGAUAGAUACACCAACUUCUCAUUAGAUGUUGAACUAUUCAAAGUUCUUCAGUAAAUUUUAUAACAUACUAAACAAAUUGUCUAGUUCCUGAUUGGCUAAUCAGAUUUACCAAACACUUUAGUCUAAGUCUCUCUUAGUGGUAGUCCAGGUGUACCCGCGAACUUCUGUAAGAAGAGGAUUGCAGGCGCACUAAAACAUCAAGUACCAGAGACUGAACCUAGACACGGGUGUACUUAUUUCAUAGGAUGCGAUAAAGUUUGCCAGAAGGAAUGCAUUCAAGUGCACAACAAAUACAGAGCUAACCAUGAUGCACCACCGCUGGCUUUUGACCAGAAGCUGGCAGACGAAGCACAAGCUUUGAUUGACAAGGGAGUUUUUAAACAUUCUGAGUGGGUGGAGUUAAAAAAUAAAGGCGCUGCGUUUGCGUGGGGUUCUCUUUUCCCAUCAUUCACUGCUGUUAUCAAGAACUGGCACGACGAAGGAGCAUAUUAUGAUUAUCAGACUGGCGCACCAAAGAAAAACUCACAGGUUGCGUUAAAGUAAAAAAUUUUAUUUGUACGAAGUGACUAAGCAGUGUCGCUUGAACGAAAUACGGAAUUACUUUGGUUUUUCGUCAAUGUACUCAUUUUUUUUCUAUUUAGCAUUUCAAGUUCAUCCAGCUUAGACCUCGGACCUACAAAGGCUCCGAAAUGUCUGUUUAACAUUCGCUUUCUUGCUUGAUUUAGGUGGUGGAUCACUUUAUGCAAAUGAUAUGGAAGAAGGCUCGUAAAAUCGGCUGUGCGCGAGGCGGUUUGUAUGGUGAACCUUGGUAUGUGGCUCACUAUGAUCAGGCUCCAAUCUCUCAAAAGCAAAACACUGAGGAGAACAUUGAAAGACCAAAACAGGUAAUGAAAAAUUAUUACUGAUCGAUAUCCUCGACUCUUACUCUCUAUUUUUCAUGUUAUUGUGGUGGAAAAAUUCCGCAAAGUGACGGUGGAAUCAGCACGUUACGGAGAUAAGUUAGUUAGGACACAGCACCUAUUGCGCGGACCAGCAACAAAACCCCGUGCAUUGCGCUGUCCUGGGACCGGAGGGAAAGAGAAACAGGGGGGUAGUGAGCGAGACUUUUGGUCAUAUCACUAUUUAUUUACUCAACAGGAUGACAGUGAGUGGUUCAAAGAUGAUUCGCCAUUCUCUGAGGAGCUGUCUAACAUGCAACAUGUCUAAGACAAGAAUUUGCUUCUCCAGACUGAUCACCACGGACGAUGAAUCUUUUGAACUUUGAAACAAAAAACAAGAAACUAUAUGUCAAUCAAAUUCAGUAUUUUUUCAACCGUAGGAUUUACGGCGGAGAGCAGCAUGUUCUCUUGAUUUGCACCAAUCGUCCGACAUCGUCCUACAUCUUAUUUGUUGUAAUUACGAGGAUAUGUCAUACAAAUGUAAUGAAGUUCUCUUUUCGUGGAUACAUGGGAAU